AUGACAGAUGAAUUUGCGGAAGAAAAUGUGUUUAGGUAUUCCGAUGAAACAGACAGAGUUCGUGAUGCACAAUGUGGUCAAACCUUUGAAAACGAUCCAAGUGACAAUCAAGAUGAUGACGACGAAAGUGAAGUUGACCCUCAUGACGAGGAGGAAGUUGAUGAUUGGAUGUUGUUAUGCAGAAUUAACCAAGAUUAUGGUGAAGCAGGUAAUCGGAUGUCAGACAAUGAAGCAGUGGACUGGUUUGAAACGGUAAGAGCUGUGCCUAGAGAUUUGUUAAGGGAAUCUCCAGGAUGGAUCUAUAGUCAGAGAAAGGAGGCUGAGGAACAUAGUCAGCAAUUCCGAGAAGAUGAUCAACAAUGUGUAAUUGAUCUGGAGACCCUAAAUGAAAAACAACGCCUUGCUUACGACAUCAUCACAUCUCAGAAUGGUGAUAAUGCUGAGCCUGUUUAUAUGAUUGUGUGUGGAACAGCUGGCACAGGUAAGACAUACUUAAUAAGUGCAACGAAACAAGUAUUAGCUGCUCAGUGUGUUGUUACAGCAACUACUGGGAUUGCAGCAUUUAGUAUUAAUGGUCAAACAUUACAUUCUGCUGCUCAACUUCAUAUCCGUGAAUAUAGGGAUUCGCAGGGUGACUCACUACAGCGGUUACAGCUGAGGCUAGAAGGUAAAAGAUUUCCGAUUAUUGAUGAAAUUAAAUGUCAAUGA